UCAGAGGUCAUGUUGCUUAGACAGAACAAUCAAUUUACCACAGCCAAGAUCCUGGAAGUUUUUGUGGCCUUCAACCGCUUUGGCAAGGACUUAUUGAGAAGAUUACUAAGGUGAUAUUGCUUGGGGGAAAAUGAUCAAUUCACUGUAGACAAUAUCAUGAAAGUUAAUUACAGAAGACUUCAGCAGUUUUAGGGAUAUGGACUUACAUAUUGAGGGAUGCCAAGGAUAUACAAUCUGGAAGGUUGUUUUUGUACUGGACUCAAGGUGGAUCUAGGUAUUUACUAAAGUUGGAAUAACUUUAGUUAGAAAGUAAGCAAAACAAACUAAAGAAGAUGGUGUUUUUAGAUGCUGAAAGCAUCAAGAAGCUAUGGGAUACAUGGAAUAUUAGAGGACUGAUUAUUCUAAGCUUCUUGGUGCAGUCUUUUUUAGUUCUGUUUGCAUCCAUGAGGAAACAAAGAGGGGGGAAAUGGGUUGCCAUGAUAUGGGUGGCAUACUUGCUUGCAGACUGGGUUGCUACAUUUACCAUUGGACUUGUCGUACGCACUGGAAGUAGUGACAUCCUGGUUUUAUGGGCACCCUUUCUUUUGUUGCAUCUUGGUGGCCCUGACAGCAUCACCUCCUACUCUCUGGAGGAUAAUGAGUUAUGGCUUAGACACUUGCUUGGGCUUUUGUUACAGGUUGGAUCAACUAUAUAUUUUAUCCUUCAGUCUUUCUCACAAAACAAGCUUUGGCUCCCAACCCUCCUAGUGUUACCCUCAGGCAUAAUCAAAUAUGCAGAGCGGAACUAUGCUUUUUUUCUUGCAAGCUUUGAGCGUUUUGGAAGUAGUUGGGUGCCUAGAGAUUGGGCAGCCGGACUCCCCAUUCCAGUGCAAUUCCAAAACUUGGGAACUGCAGAUCAUCUACCACGUAUAUUACCAGUAGAUAUUGGCAUUCAUAUGGACAGCUUUCUUGUAGAUUCUGAUCCUAAGUCAAUAUUACAAGCAGCAGUUUACUUGUUUGGAUCUAUCAAGAAUCUACUUCUUGGCCCAGUUCAAUCUAGACAACAAACUGCUAAGAAUUUUGCAAACUUUCUAAGCAGAAAUACAGAUCAUGCUGCAGAAAAUGCACUCCGAAAGUUGGAGAUUGAGCUAAGCCUCUUGUAUGAGGUACUCCACACCAAGUUGCCUGUGGUUGUGUCCAAGAUUGGAUGCGUAUGUCGCAUCUUGAACUUGGUUUGCAUCUUGGGAGCCUUGCUGUCAUUCUCAUUAGUUAAGAAGCACUACAAGCUGGAGGAGUUUGAUACGUGGCUAACCUUUGGAUUGUUGAUUGGGGCCUUAGCAUUGGAUUUUCAUAUCUGUCAUAUUACUUGUUUUCUCCGAUUGGUUUGCUAUUGCUCACUUCCAUAUUAUGGAAUCCAGAUCCCUCCCCAAAUUCAUCACUAGAUUUAUCACCGUCAACAAAUUUAUCAACAGGCACAGAUGGUCUAAUGAAGUUCUGCAGUUGAAUUUUAUUACUUAUCUUGUGAAGGACCAUCCAAAUUGGUUGAAAAAAGUGGCAGAAUUUCUUCUCUUGAAGAGUUUGUUAGAAGCCAUAGAAGGAAUCCGAUGGCAGUCCUCCCAAAAUUUUAAAGAAGAUCCACAUUGGCGCUUCAUUUUUGAGGAAGUGAUAAAUUUUUGCAAGACAGUGCCACGAAUCAAGGGAGUUUGGUUUGAAAGAAGCUUCAAAAUUCUUGAACAGUUUUCAAUUUCGGGGCCUGUUGAAAGGAUCAUCAAGGAGUCUGAUUACACACAAAUCCUUCUAACAUGGCAUAUAGCCACAGAAUGAUCCUUCCGAGGAGAAGAUGAACAAUGCUCUUCAACAGGAAGUAAUGAUCAUAGAGCAAUAUGCAAGCUACUUUCAGAUUAUAUGUUCAACCUUCUAAUGAUGAAGCCUGCUAUGAUGGCAAGUGUGCUGAACGACUGGAAAAAAGUAUUCGAUGACUCAUAUGCAGAAACCGAGUCAUUUCUAAGCCGGAGUUCAGUCUUAAAUGAAAAGGAUGCCAGCAGAAAAAUCCUUUCAACUGACUUCGACGAGUUGGCCAAAAAAGUUGAGUUUGGGGGUGACUUCGAUGCUGACUAUCAGUUGACUAGUAGACUGUAGAGAUGAUGGAAAAAGAUCUGUGUUAUUUGCAGCUCGAGAGCUCGCUACCCCUCUCAAGCGAACAGAUGGUUAUCCCUGGGAGAGAAUAAACUGGGUUUGGGUGGAACUAAUUUGUUAUGCUGCGGCUAAUGGUAAGCCAAAUGUGCAUGCACAACAACCAAGUAAGGGUGGAGAACUGCUCACCUUCAUCUGGCUGUGUAUGUCUCAUUUGGAUGCGGAAGGAGCAUUUCCGUUUUACAGAAUGAGAAAAAUCAGGCAGAUGCAACAGGGCCGGCGUUGAUGAAUUU